UUUACAAUGAUUGUCUGGAAAAAUGAAUCUGUGGCAAAUUGGCUGAUAUAGCUGGUUCUGCUCCAUACCACUUGGAAAAUGGGGAGCAACCAGCUCCAUUAUUCUGUGCUGGAGGAAUCCCAGCACGGCACCUUUGUGGGCCGCAUCGCCCAGGAUCUGGGGUUGGAGGUGAGCGAGCUGGUGCCUCGGAUGUUCCGGAUGCUGUCCAAAGGAGAGAAGGACUAUUUUGAGGUAAACCUGCAGAAUGGGAUCUUGUUUGUAAAUUCCCAGAUAGACAGGGAGGAGCUGUGUCAAGACUGUGUCCUUCAUCUGGAGGUGAUUGUGGAGAAACCUCUUAGAUUCUUCCAUGUGGAGGUUGAAGUCAAAGACAUGAAUGACAAUGCUCCCAUUUUCUCAGCCAAGGAACAAGUCCUGAGCAUAGCAGAACUGAUAACAGCAUCUGGUGCCCAGUUCCCCUUAGAGGGUGCCUCUGAUGCAGAUAUUGGUACUAAUGCUCUGCUAACCUACAAACUCAGCCUCAAUGAAUAUUUCAUUGUAGAACAGAAAACAGAUGAGAAAUUCAACAAACCCUUAGCAAUUGUUUUAAAGAAGCCACUGGAUAGGGAGGAGAUCUUUGUUCAUCAUUUAGUACUGACAGCCACUGAUGGGGGUGAACCAAAACUCACAGGAACUGUUCACCUAGUCAUCAAUGUGCUGGAUGUAAAUGACAACCCUCCUGUGUUUAAUCCAUCAAUUUACAAGCUGAAAUAGUUAGAAAAUGCAGCAGUUAGAACACUAGUUAUUAAAGUGAAUGCCACAGAUUUAAAUGAAGGAAUGAAUAAGGAAAUUUAUUAUUCUUUUACUAAUCAUGUACCACUAAAUUUUCGGAAACUUUUUAGCAUAAAUUGCAACACAGGGGAAGUAGUAAUUGUAGAAGGAGGGGUUGAUUUUGAAGACCUUGCUAUAUAUGAUCUUCACAUUGAAGCAGAAGAUAAAGGGUUACCUCCUUUGUCAGGGCAUUGCCAACUGAUAAUUGAACUGCUGGAUGUAAAUUACAGUGAACUGGAGUUGUUUGUCUCAUCACUCUUAGUGCCAGUGCUAGAGGACUCACCAUUGGGGACAGUAGUAGUCCUAAUCAGUGUUGCAGAUAGGAACACAGGAGACAAUGGACAAAUGCAUUGCUCACUCUGGCCUCCUAGGGUACCCUUCCAACUUAUAUCCAAUUUCAAGAAUUACUAUUCUUUAAUGGUUGCUGAAUUGUUGGAUCGGGAACAAGUUGCUGAGUAUCAGCUGAUGGUGAAAACAGAAGAUCAAGGAGUCCCAUCAUUGUCAGCUAGCAGUAUCUUGAUAUUACCAAUCAGUGAUACAAAUGACAAUGCUCCAGCUUUCACUCAACUCUCCUACACAGUCUUUGUGAAGGAGAACAAUCCCCCUGGUGCUCACAUCUUCACAGUAUCUGCCUCAGACCCAGAUGUUGCUGAGAAUGCUCUGAUCACCUAUUGGAUAGAUGGGAAGCUCUGGCCAAGCUACAUUUCUAUACAUUCAGAGAGUGGAAAACUUUAUGCUUUGCAGUCCUUGGACAAUGAGGAGUUGAAACUGCUCGAGUUCCAGGUUUAA